AUGCUAACCAUAGAGGAAUUUGUAGCUCAUUCUUUAAGUGUGAACUGCCUGAAGAUUGGGAGGAAAUCGUCAAGAGUUCUUGUGACUGGAGGAGAAGAUCACAAGGUUAAUCUUUGGGCUAUUGGCAAGCCUAAUGCUAUACUGAGUUUAUCGGGCCACUCCAGUGGAAUUGAUUCAGUUAGCUUUGAUUCUUCGGAGGUUUUGGUAGCUGCUGGAGCAGCAAGUGGUACCAUUAAGCUUUGGGAUCUGGAGGAGGCUAAAAUCAUCCGCACCCUCACUGGCCACCGAUCCAAUUGCAUAUCUUUGGACUUUCAUCCUUUUGGCGAGUUUUUUGCAUCUGGGUCUCUGGAUACAAAUUUGAAAAUAUGGGAUAUUCGAAGGAAGGGGUGCAUACAUACUUACAAGGGCCAUACUCGAGGUGUUAAUGCAAUUAGGUUUACUCCUGAUGGCCGGUGGGUUGUAUCUGGUGGAGAGGACAACACUGUGAAGUUGUGGGAUCUAACCGCGGGCAAGCUUUUGCAUGAUUUCAAAUGCCAUGAAGGCCAAAUUCAGUGCAUUGAUUUUCAUCCUCAUGAGUUCUUGUUGGCAACAGGUUCAGCUGACCGGACUGUUAAGUUCUGGGAUCUUGAAACUUUUGAGCUCAUUGGUUCAUCUGGACCUGAGUCCACAGGUGUGCGCUCCAUGACUUUCAACCCUGAUGGAAGAACCUUGCUUUGUGGCUUGCAUGAGAAUUUGAAAGUUUUAUCUUGGGAACCAAUCAGAAGUCAUGAUACAGUGGAUGUGGGGUGGUCUAAAUUGUCCGACAUGAAUGUUCAUGAAGGGAAGCUUCUUGGAUGUUCUUACAAUCAAAGUUGUGUUGGAGUAUGGGUUGUAGACAUUUCGCGUCUUGAACCAUAUGCAAUGCCCAGUACUGCUCGGUUAAAUGGUGAUUUUGAUGCAAAAUCUAAUUCUGGUAGUUCGACAGUGCUGACUGAGGAUAAUGUGAAGUCCAAUUUUGGUAGGCUUUCCAUUUCACAUGAUUCUGAUUCUGUCAAGGAAACCAGAUCUCACAUGAGGCUUUCUGCCCAGCAGAAUUCAGAUCUUAAUAAAGAUUCUAAAUCAGUAGCAUCUACUGUCAGUAUUCCGAGUACUCCGCAAAGGUCGAAUGUUAGUGCUGUUUCAAAAGCAAGUCAGACCAAUUCAUCAGUAGUUGGUUCAACAAAUCCAAGGCGACAAACUGCAAAGGUUCAGUCGACAGUGAGUGCACCCUUAUUCAACAGAUCUGAUGUAGCACCUGUGGUUGUGCCUAGAAAUAAUCCACGGGUAGAGCAGGCUGCUGAAUCCAGAAAAGAUGAUGUUCCAGUAAAUACAGUAGCUCUACCUUUGCAGUCUAGAAAAUCUGAGUUUCGCAAAUUUGUAAAUGCUAAAGAUGACGCAGAGAGGAGUGCUUCUUCCCAGUCCGAUAAUGAGCUCCCGAGGGUUAUGGAUUUAAGUUUCUCAGAUAGAAGUUUGGGUAAUUCAGUUAAGAGUUCGCUCAGUGUGGUUGCUGCAUUAGAUAGAAAAACCAGAGACGAUAAGCCUAUGCUUUCCAGAAAAGUUGACACAAAUGCUACUGUUGAUGCUCCUGCCAGAUUCCAGCAUGAAAGUUAUGAACUCCGAGGAAACAAUACGAGCAUGGAUACAUCUCAUGUAGAAGGUCAAAAAGGAGGUAGAACACAUUCCGUUGUUUCAAACUGGGAACAGAGAGGUAGAAUUUCUUACCGUCCAGGUCUUCCUUCAAGCAAUGUCUCUGGGAAAUUUACUGCUAGAAGCUAUGCUUUAACUGAAGAACAUGAGUCAGUCUCUGCUAGUGAUGAAGAUACUAUCGCGGACAUGAUGGAAAUGCAUGAUGAAUUUAUUGGCGUGAUGAAAUCUCGAUUAGGCAAACUGCAGGUAGUCCUUAACUUCUGGCAAAGACAUGAUAUUAAAGGAGCCCUCAGUGCAAUUGGCAAAAUGGGUGAUCAUAGUGUGCUAGCUGAUGUAAUUACCCUUCUGGCAGAAAAAACUGAUGUGGUGACAUUAGAUAUUUGUUCAUCUCUUCUGCCACUCUUGACUGGACUUCUUGAAAGUGAUAUGGAUAGGCAUAAAGAUAUUGCAUUGGAUAUGCUUCUGAAAGUGGUCAGAGUGUUUGGUUCUGUCAUCUAUUCUUCUUUAUCAGCACCAUCAUCUGUAGGCGUAGAUAUUGAAGCUGAACAAAGGCUGGAACGUUGCAAUCAAUGCUAUGUGGAACUCGAGAAAGUAAAAUGCUGCUUGUCUACUCUUUCUAGACGAGGAGGCACUAUUGCCAAGUCCGCUCACGAACUGAAUCUCGCUCUUCAGGAAGUUUCAUGAUUGAUUAACUAUUCAUAAUGUACAAGCUCUACACAAUUUACAGCUGGUAAAACUGGUUAUUGCUUCAAGGGACUGCAAAUUGUCGUAAACAAUGAAGGUUGCACGUAUUUGUUCCACGAGUUUGUUUGAAUUCAUGCUCAGUGGAAGAACUAGUGACUGAUUUUUUUUUUUAUAUUUACUUAGAAAAACAACUUAACCAACGUACAGCCUGUUUUCAAACUGGCCGGCGCAUGACUAGACCUAUCUUACUGCUAUGUUGUCUUAACCUGAAUAUAUCAACUUGUUAUUCUUGAGUGGAAGUUGAUGAUUGUUGCCCCUCGAGAGAGAUUUGUACAAACAUGGUAUCAUGUAAAUUUUUUUUCUGUAUCUUUUAUUUUUUUAUUUAAAUGUUCAAGUGUGUCAGCCUGUAGUAGGAACGAGGAAGUGCUGCUACUCUGCGGUUGUGGUUUUGUUAUGUUUCGAGAGGUUUUGAGUUUUGGGUAACUACUGCAAAACAGUGUGUUGGGAGAUGUCAAAAAGUGGCCAUGCUUAUUGAUACUAGUGCACGUGCAUGCCAUACAUGAUUUAUAUUUUUUUAUGAUUGGAAAUCAUGUUUCUUUUAUAUUUAUAUAUGGUUUAAUUAUUUUUUGUUA